CUUAGAUCUGAUGGUUAAUCUGGGUUUCUCAGAUGGUUUCGUGAUGGUCUCAAUUCACAUGUCCCCUCCUUCAAGAAGCCCUCUCUGAUACCCCAGGUCUGGCCAAUCACCUUCUCUGGGUUCCCACAACAUCCUUAGGCUUCCCCCACUGCAGCCCUAACCACUCCGAGCUAUCUGUCUCUCCCAUUGGUCUGUCUCUCCCAUUGGUCUGAGAGUCCCACAAGAAAAGGGUCUUCGUUACUGAUGUGUCGCCAGCAAAGCCAACACGGCCAGACACAUAGUAGGAACUCAGAAACUAACUGUUGUCUGACUAGGAAGGCAGGAUGAUGACAGGGAAGGAGGAAAGGAAGAAAGGAAACUGGGUUUUUAAGGUCAGCUGGGAUUUCAAAAUGAAGCGAGAAGGAAGCGAGGGUGUUCUGGGCAGUGGGAACAACUUGAGCAAUGUGUGGAGGCAGGACAGCAGCUGCCUCGUCAAGGAACAGCGUGUCCUAAAGCUUAGCUACAGCAGAGUGGGUCAGCAGGGGCAAGGAGGUCAUACCUGGGGAGAGGCCUGAGACAGGAGACCGAACACAGCUCUGAGCACCUGAUUCCUAUCAGGAAGGCCCUGGGGAGCCAUGGAAGGCACUAGAGAGGAUGAAUCUGGUCAGAAUUUGGCUAUGGAGGCAGAUCUGGAUGAAUGAGGAAAAACUGAGCCGCCGGUGACGAGUCCGAGUUCGGCCACGCGCGCAUUCUUCAUGCAGAGUCGAGACAGACUUGCAAAGGCUUGGGGAGCCCACGGACGUUGGGGACCCGCCUCUGCCACUUGAGCAAGUGACUCAUGUUCCAUUGAAUUCCUGUAAGAAGUCUCUCAUGUUCUUGUUCCGUAACGGGUCCUGACAUCAUUUCGCUGCUUCUCUCUCAGUAAGGACAAUGUGGCUGAAGGCGGGUUACCUGCUGCCAGGGACCUGUGGACAGCUGGGCCCUACUACUGGUUUGCAUUGUGGGGCCCUGGGGCCUGGGUCCCACUGGUGGAGGCUUUGUGGGUGUUCUUGGGCCCAAAUGAUUCAUCAGGACGGGCCUGGAAGAGGCUUGGGUGAGGAUGACAUUCGCAGGGCCCGGGAGGCCCGUCUCAGGAAGCCACCUCGGCCCCAGCUGAGUGACCGCUCUCGAGAACGCAAGGUGCCUGCCUCCCGCAUCAGUCGCCUGGCCAACUUUGGGGGACUGGCUGUGGGCCUAGGGCUGGGAGCACUGGCUGAGGUGGCCAAGAAAUCCCUGCAAGGAGGACAUCAGUCAGAGGGCAGCUCCCGGCUAGGCUCCAGCCCUUUCCUGUCAGAGGCCAAUGCUGAACGGAUUGUGCAGACUUUAUGUACAGUUCGAGGGGCAGCCCUCAAAGUUGGCCAAAUGCUGAGCAUCCAGGACAACAGCUUCAUCAGCCCCCAGCUGCAGCGCAUCUUUGAGCGGGUUCGCCAGAGUGCCGACUUCAUGCCCCGUUGGCAGAUGUUGAGGGUUCUCGAAGAAGAGCUCGGCAAGGACUGGCAGGCCAAGGUGGCCUCCUUGGAAGAGGUGCCCUUCGCUGCUGCCUCCAUUGGGCAGGUGCACCAGGGCAUGCUGAGGGAUGGGACGGAAGUGGCUGUGAAGAUCCAGUACCCGGGCGUAGCCCAGAGCAUUCAUAGUGAUGUCCAGAACCUGCUGGCGGUGCUCAAGAUGAGCACGGCUCUGCCAGAGGGCCUUUUUGCGGAGCAGAGCCUUCAGGCCUUGCAGCAGGAGCUGGCCUGGGAAUGUGACUACCGACGUGAGGCAGCUUGUGCCCAGAAUUUCAGACAGCUGCUGGCAGAUGACCCCUUCUUCCGAGUGCCUGCUGUGGUUAAGGAGCUGUGCACCACGCGGGUGCUGGGCAUGGAGCUGGCUGGGGGGGUCCCCCUGGACCAGUGCCAGGGCUUGAGCCAGGAGAUCCGGAACCAGAUUUGCUUCCAGCUCCUGAGGCUGUGUCUGCGGGAGCUGUUCGAGUUCAGAUUCAUGCAGACAGACCCCAACUGGGCCAACUUCCUCUAUGACGCCUCCAGCCACCAGGUGACUCUACUGGACUUUGGUGCAAGCCGGGAAUUUGGGAUGGAGUUCACAGACCAUUACAUCGAGGUGGUGAAGGCUGCAGCCGAUGGAGACAGAGACCGGGUCCUACAGAAAUCCAGGGACCUCAAAUUCCUCACAGGCUUUGAAACUAAGGCAUUCUCUGACGCCCACGUGGAGGCAGUAAUGAUCCUGGGGGAGCCCUUCGCCACCCAGGGCCCCUACAACUUUGGGGCGGGGGACACUGCCCGCCGCAUACAGGGUCUCAUCCCAGUGCUGCUACAACACCGACUGCGCCCGCCACCUGAGGAGACCUAUGCUUUGCACCGCAAGCUGGCAGGGGCCUUCCUAGCAUGUGCCCGCCUCGGAGCCCACAUCACCUGCCGGGACCUCUUCCAGGACACCUACCACCGCUACUGGGCCAGUCGCCAGGCAUAGCCACUACCUGCAGCCUCCUGACCAGACGGACCUACAAAAAGGCCCCUUAUGACAGCCUCUGUCUAGGGAGUCCAGACUGGGCCAUCCCUUCUGUGGUGCCUCUUAUCCUUUCUGCAGCUCUGUGUCUGGGGAACCCCCUUUGAACCUCUCGGUCUUGCCUAGCUCUCCUUGACUCAAAAGCUCUGGAAAUCCGGGCCUAGGGAAUUCCUGUCACCCUGUAUCCAGCGUCUUCCUCUUCCUACGUGGGCAUCCAGGAAUUCUGAGGCCAGGAAACCAGUUAACUUAUUGCUGUCUACAUUGGUGGCGACCCUGGCAUCCUUGCAUGCCAUCAUGGAGAUCUGGCUAAGCUAGAGGGAGCCCCUCACUUCUGUUUCAGUCUAAGGGGAGAGAUGGUGGCUGGCAGGCAGCCCUCACCUUCGCCUCCUGCACUCCACCAGCUGCCUCUCCCGUUUCUAGGAUUCCAGCCCCUCUGCAUAUUGGAGGGUGGGGGUGGGGUGAUGAACCCUCAGUCCGAAUAAAAGCGGCCCUCCCCUUCCCCCA